GAAGGGUGAGGGGGGAAGGAUGGGGACCCGACAUAUACCGCUGCCUCGCCUGUACGAGCUCCUCCUCGGCAAAGAGCGCGACCGUUGGUCGCCGGAGGCCAGGUUCAUCGAAGCCGCCCACAAUGGCGACGUCGGCAAGAUCAAGAAGAUUGCAAAGGAGCUGGACGUGCAGGGGCGUGGGAUCCCGGCGACGGUGGCCAACACCACCUACAUGGGCAUGAACGCCCUCCACGCCGCCGCCGGCUGCGGCAGCUUCUCGGUCUUCGAGUAUCUCGUGGAGGAGGUCAAGAUGGAUGUCGACUUGCCCGACACCGCUCAGCAGUUUACACCCGUGGCACAUGCCAUCACCAAUGGCAACCUUCCUGCCGUCAAGUACCUCAUUGAUCAUGGCGCUGAUCUGCAUCAGCAACGUGCAAAGGGAAACAUCACUCUUCUUCAUGUAGCUGCAGUUCAUGGGUACUCUGAAAUAGUUAAGUUUCUUCUUGUGAGGGGAGCUGACGUCGAUGCAAUAUCAGAUCUUGGGACAGCACUCGCGGGUGCUGCCAUUAGAGGAUAUCCUAGUAUUGUCAAGACCCUUUUGGAGCACAAUGCAGAUCCCAACGAUGCUAGAUGUCAGUUUGGACCUUUAAGCAUGGCAUUACAAAAAUCUUCUGUAGCCCGUGUGAAGCUAUUGAUUCAGGGUGGAGCUAAUGUCAGUGGUGAUAGUCCUCGGGAUAAUCUUUUGGUAAAGGCUGCAGAGAAGGGCUUAACUGAAGCUAUCAAGUGCUUGUUGGAAGCUGGUGCAAACCCAAAUGUUCCGAACGCAUUUGGUAGACUGCCAAUAGAGUUGGCUGUUGAGUAUGAUACACGGGAAGAUGUUGAGAUUCUCUUUCCGUUCACCUCACCCAUUUCAACUGUGGAAAAUUGGAGCGUUGAUGGAAUCAUUAGUCAUGUGAAGAUGGAAAUCAAGCAACUAGAGGAUGACAAUUUUGUGAAAGAGAGGGUGUCUGACCUGAAACGACAAGCAGAUGAAGCAUUCAAAAAGCAGGAUUAUCUAAAUGCAUCAAUGCUCUACACACAGGCACUGAAGAUGGAUAACUUUGACGCCAAGUUGUUGUCAAACAGGAGCCUUUGCUGGCUUCGCAUGGGUGACGGACAAAGGGCUUUUGGUGAUGCAACUAAAUGCAAAAGGCUGCGUCCAAAGUGGGCAAAGGCGCACUAUCGACAAGGAGCAGCUCUAAUGUUCAUGAAGAAGUAUGCUGCUGCGUAUUCCGCACUCUCGCGCGCUUUAGAGUUGGACCCAGAAAGCGAAGAGACCGAGAAAUUAUUCUGGGAGGCGAUGGAGCUGAAGUGAUCUUGCCCUGCAUGCCGACUGCAGAGAGAUCUGAAGCUCACGCAGAAUCUCAAGCUCUGCUUUUUGUGUUGUUAGACUAAACAAAAAACCCACUAAACUUUGAAUUAUGCUACCUUAUGCUUUUAAUGUAGUAAUUCACUCAUGGCUGUAGCAGCAGCUUGGAGCAAACCAUGUUACUGGCUACUUAUUUUGAGUUGGUUUUGUGAAACUCAAAUCCUGUUUUGUUUGUAUGGCAACAAUGGAUGGUGAAUUUAAUUGGUUAUGCUAGAGUGAAAUGU